AAACCCUCUUGUGCAAUAGAUGGAUCUUGUUCAAUGCAUUGAAGCCUCCUGGUUGCUUGCAAUCGCAAAAAGGAAGACAUGACUGAGUUUGACGAUUGCAGUCACGGCACAUCCAAUAUGUAUCUGCCAGGGUGCGCCUAUUACGUCUCACCCUCAGAUUUCUCGACGAAACCCUCUUUUUUGUCUCAAUCGUCGUCCUGUCAAAUGACUUUUCCUUAUUCUUCUAAUUUACCUCAUGUUCAACCUGUGCGCGAAGUAGCAUUCAGGGAAUACGGAUUAGAGCGCAGCAAAUGGCAGUAUAGGGGCAGUUAUGCUCCUUAUUACUCAGCUGAAGAGGUGAUGCACAGAGACUUUCUGCAGCCUGCGAACAGGAGGACGGAAAUGUUGUUCAAAACGGACCCUGUCUGCGGCCACCACGGACCGUCUCCCGCCGCCUCCAACUUCUACAGCUCGGUGGGGAGGAACGGCAUCCUGCCGCAAGGCUUCGACCAGUUUUACGAGACAGCCCCCGGACCCCCGUACCAGCAGCACUCCGAGAGCGAGGGGGACGCGGAGAAGGGCGACUUGAAAGCCCAGAACAGCACUUGUAGUAAAACACCUUCCAACCAGGAGAAGAAAGUGACACCAGCAAACAGCGCCGAUUCCCCUUCUGGUGAGGCUGUUGCAGAGAAGAGCAACAGUUCAGCAAUUCCCCAGCGAUCAAGGAAAAAGAGGUGCCCCUAUACCAAAUAUCAGAUCAGAGAACUGGAACGGGAAUUUUUCUUCAACGUGUACAUAAACAAAGAGAAGAGACUGCAGCUGUCCAGAAUGCUCAACCUCACUGACCGGCAAGUUAAAAUCUGGUUCCAGAAUCGAAGGAUGAAAGAAAAGAAACUGAACAGAGAUCGACUCCAAUAUUUCACAGGGAAUCCUUUGUUUUGAAAAAAAAAAAAAAAGGAAAAAAAAGAAAAGGAAAAAAAGAAAAGAAAAAUAGAAAAAAAU